AUGGUAGAAGAAAAUAGUUCCAGAGUGACUGAGUUCAUCCUGGCUGGAUUAACAGACAAACCAGAGCUCCGGAUGCCCCUCUUCAUCCUUUUCCUAGGAGUCUAUGUGUUCACAGUCUUGGGGAACCUGGGCAUGAUCACACUGAUUGGGCUCAGCUCUCACCUGCACACCCCCAUGUACUACCUGCUCAGCAGUCUUUCCUUCAUUGACCUCUGUCAAUCCACUGUGAUCACUCCCAAAAUGCUGGUGAACUUUGUGACAGAGAAAAACACCAUCUUCUACCCUGAAUGCAUGAUUCAGCUCUACUUCUUCAUUGUUUUUGCAAUUGCAGAAUGUCACAUGCUGGCUGCAAUGGCCUAUGACCGCUAUGUUGCCAUCUGUAACCCCUUGCUUUACAAUGUUACCAUGUCUAAUCGAGUCUGUUCCUGGUUGAUAAUUGAGGUUUAUAGUAUGGGCUUGAUUGGUUCCACAGCCCACACAGCCUGCAUGCUAAGGGUGUUUUUCUGUAAGGAUAAUAUAAUAAACCAUUACUUCUGUGAUGUUCUUCCACUACUGGAGCUCUCCUGCUCAAGUACUUUUGUCAAUGAGGUAGUAGUUUUGUGCUUCACUGUAUUCAAUAUUUUUGUCCCAGCCCUGUGCAUCCUUAGCUCCUACAUCCUCAUUGUUGCCAGCAUCCUGCGCAUUCACUCCACUGGGGGCAGAGCCAAAGCCUUCAGCACCUGCAGCUCCCACAUCUCAGCUGUUGCUCUCUUCUAUGGAUCUAUUGCAUUCAUGUACCUGCAGCCAUUGUCAGUCAGCUCCAUGGACCAAGGGAAAGUGUCCUCUGUGUUUUACACCAUCAUUGUGCCCAUGCUGAACCCUGUGAUCUACAGUCUUAGGAAUAAAGAUGUCAAAGUUGCCCUAAAUAAGUUUCUUGUAAAAAGUAGUUUCCUAAGAAAAGCAUAUUUUCCUUAG